AUGCUGGAGAUCUCUGGCUCUGAAAGGAAUGCGAAGGCGGACAGGCUCGCGGAAUCGCUUCGUGGAGCCCUGUCUGGGGUGGCGAAUAUCGUCAGGCCCGUCAAAUCUGCGGAGGUGCGGAUUUCGGGCCUGGACGAAACGGCCACUAAGGAGGGAGUGGCAGCGGUGGUCGCCAAAGCAACGGGAAUUGACGUCGGGCUCGUAAAGGCCGGAGCAUUACGCUCCGGCUUCUAUGGCACGAGCUCCAUCGUGGUCUCCUGCCCGAUUUCGGCAGCGAAAACGCUGACCGAAAAGGGCAGGCUACUGAUCGGAUGGAGUUCAGCACGCGUGACGGCUCUGGAGGCACUGCCCAUGCGCUGCUUCAAGUACAUGGGACUGGGCCACACGCGCCCUCAGUGUCCAGCGUCGGUGGACAGGGGUGACCUGUGCUUCCGAUGCGGACGUGCAGGCCACAAGGCAGCUGCGUGUGAAGAGGUCACCCCGCGCUGCGCUAUUUGCGUGGAGUCCGACAAGCCCUCUGACCACAGGAUGGGCGGUCGUAGGUGCAAGCCUGCGAAGAUAAAGUGUAGAUCCGCAGGGGCCCGGGCCACCCCAGCGGCUGCGAGCCAGAUCGGCAAGGAGGGGGUCGUCCCUUCGGUGGCGGACGGUGAGGAGGUUGUGAUGUCUGAAUGUAUGGACCAGAUCAGACAUCACAACUUCCUCCAGGCGAACCUGAACCACUGCGCCCGGGCCCAAGAUCUGCUCAUGCAGGCCUUGGCGCAGUGGCGCAUAGACGUGGCAGUGGCGGCGGAACCGUACUUCGUUCCUAGCUCACACCCUUGUUGGGCUGCGGACCUGAACGGCACCGUUGCCAUUGUGAGUCGAUCCAAUGACGGCAGCCUCCCCUUCUCAGUCGAAGAGAGGGGACCCGGGUACGUGGUGGCCAAGUGGGGAGAGUAUGCUGUGGUGGGCGCAUACUUCUCCCCCAACAAAACCGUAGCGGAGCUGGAGGCCUUCUUAGACCUCCUAGUCGCUGCGGUUGGAAGACAGGCACCACGUCAGGUCGUCCUCCUCGGCGACCUGAACGCCAAGGCCCGGGACUGGGGCAACCCCUUCACUGACUCUCGCGGGGAAGUAGUCAGGGAGUGGGCAGUCACUGCGGGCUUGACCCUGUUAAUCACGGGGUCGGCCCACACGUGCGUGCGACACAACGGGGGGUCCGUGAUGGAUUUAUCGUUCGCUUCCCCGUCCAUCGCCGCACGUGUGCAAACUUGGAGAGUGCUGUCGGAGGUGGAGACUCUCUCGGAUCACAAGUACGUGAGGUUCGAGGUUUCCACCUCCCACAGCCGAGGUGCGCCUCGGCACGCGGCGUUGCAAUUUCCGCGCUGGGCCGUUACCCGCCUCGACGUGGAGUUGGCGAAGGAAGCGGCGAUCGUCCAAUUGUGGUCCGCUACUCCUAUGCACCCGGAGGUAGACAUUGCGGCGGAUCACUUCCGCGAUGCGGUGACGGCCGUGUGCGACGCGGCCAUGCCGAGGUGCCGGCACCGUCCCGAACGCCGCGGGGUCUAUUGGUGGAGCUCGGAGAUCGCGGAACUCUGA